GUGGAUGCCAUUCCAGUAUCGCAUCACAGACUGUCUUAUCGCCUAUCAGGUAGCGUCGACAUCACCCCCCUGCCUCCCCCAGGCUGCCCGGGCAUGCCCGUGGACGAAAAGCAUAUAAUGGUCGCAUUUCCCUGGAUGAAACCCAAGUCUCACGUCUUAACCAUCGUGUCUUUCUCACUUCACCGUCUUCCUCAUUCCCUUUCUUCCACACAAGUGCUCAAACCGGAGCAAAGACACAUCUCACCAUGACAACAACAACAACAACACAACCCCCCCACCCCUCGACGGAGCACUACAGCAACCGCAUCGUCCUUACCACCUACCCCAGCCAGAGCGUCGCGAACCCCAUCCCGCUCGAAUGGGGCGCAUCUUCCCCCUCCACCCGCGGGCCGGUGAUCGUCUCGCGUUCGAAAAACACCCUCUCCAAGCGCAACGCGAUCGGGGCCCACGGAGGCAGCUACGCGAUCUACACGGCCCUAGCCAUCGCCUCCGGGGACCUAGAGCCCGACUUCCGCCCCAACUUCCUCAACACGCAGCCCACCUUCGACUUCACCCCGCAGCCGGCCUGGCACGACAAGACCAAGAUCGUCUCCCUGGACCCCUUCGGCCACGAUAUCGUGAAAUACUACCGCCCCUACCUCGAGGAGCGGCUAGACGUGCGACCCACCAUCGCGAUCACGCGCGCCACGAUGCGCGUCUCCGAAGUGACCGAGGCGAUUAGAAUCGGCCGCCUGCCCAUCGACGGCACCAUCGUCCUGAACGAACAGGGCGACGUGCGCGUCACAAAGGUCGCCGCCGAACCGGUCUGGUACCUCCCCGGGGUGGCCUCGCGGUUCGGCGUCGAAGAGAAGGACCUCCGCCGCGCGCUCUUCGAACAUACCGGGGGCAGUUACCCCGAGCUUAUCACCAGACCAGAUAUCAAGGUAUUCUUGCCGCCGAUCGGCGGGCUGACGGUCUAUAUCUUUGGCCCACCGGAGCGGGUAUCAGACCCGAAUGUUCGGCUGGCGUUGCGGGUGCAUGAUGAGUGUAACGGGUCGGAUGUGUUUCAGUCGGAUAUCUGUACGUGUCGGCCGUAUCUGACGUUUGGGAUUGAGGAGGCGAUCAAGGAGGCGCAGGGGGGCGGGUCGGGUGUCGUGAUCUAUUUCCGCAAGGAGGGGAGAGCGCUGGGCGAGGUGGUCAAGUAUUUGGUGUACAAUUCGAGGAAGAGGGGUGGGGAUACCGCCGAUAAGUAUUUUCAGAGGACGGAGAAUAUUGCGGGGACGAAGGAUAUGCGUUUCCAGGCCCUGAUGCCGGACAUCCUGCACUGGCUGGGUAUCACGAAGAUCGACCGCAUGCUGUCCAUGUCGAAUAUGAAGCAUGAUGCCAUUGUCGAGCAGGGGAUUCCGAUCUACGAGCGGGUGCCGAUUCCGGAUGCUCGGGCAGAGAUGAUUCCCGAGGAUUCGCGCGUGGAGAUCGAUGCGAAGAUCCAUUCCGGGUACUUUACCACCGGGCGUCCGGUAACAGAGGAGGAUCUGAAAGCGGUCAAGGGGAGAGGGUGGGAGUCGUGGGAGGAUGUAACGCAUUGAUGCGAUAUGGCUAGAGGGGUUUCUUAGAUUUUAAGUGGAUAGGAAUCGAUGAAUUAAUUGGGUCGUGUUUUCUUUUCUGGAGUGGAGUAGGCGUGGGAAGUAGCAACUGAGAGCCACGUGCUCAUCCAUACCCUGAAGCGACAUUCAAGCUACUCGCAGACAGAGACAGACGUAGGAAGAACGGCUCGGAUAUCACUUUUGCAGGGUUGCGGUGGUAGACAGAUUUCAGAGACGGUCGGAUAAUCCAUUCACUUCAUCAUAUUUAU